AUGUCACAGCAACCUGCGUCCACCGUAAAUGAGCUCAUUGCAGGCAGUGCCGGAGGCGCAGCACAGGUUCUUGUCGGCCAGCCUCUAGACACUGUAAAAACGCGCGCUCAAAUAGCCCCCAGACCGAUGGACAUCCUCGUUCGGACGAUUCGAACGGAGGGGUUCUUUGCACUAUACAAAGGCAUGGCGAGUCCCCUGAUUGGCAUUGCAGGCGUGAACUCGCUCCUCUUUGCGUCCUACGCAACCUCGAAACGCAUCAUCUCUCCCUUUCCACAGCUUACGCUCCCCCAGAUUGGCUUGGCUGGAGCCAUGGCGGGUGCUGCGAAUGCUGUCCUUGCAAGUCCUGUCGAAAUGUUCAAGGUCCGUAUGCAAGGACAAUACGACGCGGCGACCGAUAAGCGGCUGCGUGAUGUUGCUCGGGAAAUGUGGAAAGACUGGGGGUUCAAGCGAGGUAUCAUGCGUGGAUAUUGGGUCACUGUAGCCAGAGAAAUUCCUGCGUAUGCUGGGUAUCCAGUUUUUACCGUGACAGCUUUUGAGUUUUCAAAACGGCAGUUUCAAACGCGGUAUGGUGAACAUGUACCAGUUUGGGCUCUCCUCACAAGCGGAGCUACGGGAGGAAUUGCAUAUUGGCUUUGCUGUUACCCUCUAGAUGUGAUAAAGUCACGCAUCCAACUUCGCCCGACGCCACCCACGUCACGACCGUGGACAUACAUCAAUUCAGAACUGCGGUCUAUUGUCGCAGAUAGUGGGGUCUCUGGCCUUUUUCGUGGACUUUCCCCCUCGUGUAAUAUACCGGCAGCAGCAAGUACAUUUGCCGCUUUUGAAUUGACGCGUGAAUUUUUGCGAGAGUUAACAGGGGUGUAG